CUAGCUGGAAAAGAGAGCCGUGUCUGCGUUCGCUUCUCUCGAAGGAACCUGAGAGAUCUGCAAAAAGGGUACAACAUGUCUGGAGGCAUAGCACGCGGUCGUCUCGCAGAAGAACGCAAAGCGUGGCGUAAGAAUCACCCCCAUGGUUUUGUGGCUAAGCCAGAAACAUUGGCAGAUGGUACUGUGAAUCUGAUGAUAUGGCAUUGCACGAUCCCUGGUAAGCCGGGGACUGACUGGGAAGGCGGCUACUUUCCCCUAACACUCUAUUUUAGUGAGGAUUACCCUAGCAAACCUCCCAAGUGUAGGUUUCCGCAGGGCUUCUUCCACCCAAAUGUCUAUCCUUCAGGAACAGUGUGCCUUUCAAUUCUCAAUGAGGACAGUGGAUGGAGGCCAGCCAUAACAGUGAAACAAAUACUUGUGGGGAUACAAGACUUACUAGAUCAGCCAAAUCCUGCUGAUCCUGCUCAGACCGAUGGCUAUCAUCUUUUCAUCCAGGAUCUUGAAGAGUACAGAAGACGUGUUCGACAGCAAGCCAAGCAGUAUCCGGCUCUUGUCUAGUCUCACCAACUCGUGCCAUGUAUCGUAGGCGAUAGACUUUUGCUUGUUAUUCUGACAACUAGUUCCAGUCUGAAAUCAGCUAUGUCAGUGUGGUGAUUUGCCUAAAUGCAUAUAGACCAAUGCUACUCCCUUGUUCAUCCAUGUGUAACGUACUUUGUUAAUUGCAAAUGAAUUGUUGUGAUCGUCAGCUAUAUCAA